GGGAGGCUACCGAAACUAAUCAAAAGGGGCCGAGUAGCACCUGGAACAUCGAUCCGGUUCGCCGAGGAAGGGAGGCGAUCAAUCAGGGCUGCCCGUUAACCUUCGGACGAAACGCGGAGGUGUAAUUCACCGUCAACGUCUCUGUUUUUUUUUUUUUUUUCCUCUUGUUAUUUUUUUUUUUUUUCCCAGUGACUUAUUACCGGUGACAACAUGGCUGAAUGUAACAUUAGCAUCGACCAGAAGAAGCUACCUGGAGUCAAAGAGGUGUGCAGAGACUUUGCUGUGCUGGAAGACCACUGCCUGGCCUACAACCUCCAGGAGCAAGAAAUCGAGAGUCACUUGGCCUCAAACGUCCAUAAGAGCCGCCUGGUGCAGAAGGACCUGCAGGUCGCCAAGAAGCUGCAAGAGGAGGAGGACGAGCGGGCCAAGGUCCAGAGCCAGAAACAACACGGCGAAAUCGUGCGACACGACAAUGAGAUCGCCCACGAGAUUCAGGAAGAACUGGUCCGACAGGCGGAACAACAGCGACAGCAGGAGGAGAAGGAUGCGGCCAUCGCUCGUAAGCUGCAGGAGAAGGAGAUGAAAGAGGAGAGGAGGAGGCAGAAGCAGCUGGAGGCGAACUUUGACGAGGAGUACUUUGAGGAUCGUGGAGCUGCGAGACGACCCCUCGACCUGGACAAACCCAGCCGUCACAAAUCCCCCGGCCGACACGAAGCUUCGGCGAGCUCGCAUCGCGAUCAUUCCCCCGAUUACAGCUCUACCGAGCCCAAACGGAGCCGGUACCCGAAAUUGGACUCGGCAGCGCCUCAUAGUCGCUCCAGGUACCCGGAGCACCACCUGGUGGCAGAAGGAGGGCGUAGCAGGCAUGCAGAUCCAUACCCAGAGCACCUGCUGCCCUCCAGAGGCAAACACGGGGACAGGUAUCCGGAUUAUGAGCCCAGCAGAACCAGAGGCCCGAGUGGGGAGGACACGGAGAGAGUGGUGAGGAGGAAGGAGAGGCCAGCUAGGCCACCUCAACCACACAUUCCCAUAGAAAGAGACAAGGACCGGGACAGAGACCGACGCAGGGACCAAGAAUGGGAGAGACACAUGGAGAAAGACCAGAGGAGAGACCGGGACCGACACCGAGAGAGAGACAGGGAAAGGUCCAGAGACAGAGGACCGAGUGGAGACAGACACCGAGAGAGAGACAGGGAAAGAUCCAGAGAUGGAGGACCAGGUGGGGAUGGGCACAGAGAGAAAGACAGGGAAAGGUCCAGAGAAAGAGGACCAGGUGGAGAUGGACACCGAGAGAGAGACAGGGAAAGAUCCAGAGAAAGAGGACCGAGUGAGAGAGAGAGAGACCGGCAGAGACAAAGAGAGAAAGACAGGCAGCGAGCGAGGACCAGGAGCAGAGACCGAGGACUGGAAGAGGACUAUAUGGAGGCGGGACCCAGCAGGGACUGGCCGAGGGAGGGCAGAGCAUCCUGGGAGGAGGAGGAGGAGGGCAACGACGGGAGGAAGGCCAGGGGUCGGCGGCGCGUCCACUCCGGCCCCGAAGACGUGUUUGACGAAAGGAGAGGUGACGCCCGGCAGCUGUGGGACCCCAGAGAUGGGGAGGGUCCCAGCAGCAGGGAGCGCAGCCACAGUCACCCCAACGGAGAGACAGGUCGCAUCGUGCACCGGGGCAGCGGAGCGGUCAUCCCAGAAACCGAGUACGAGCUGAACGAAGCCACCAAGGGUCUGACCAAGCUGGACAUCCGUGAGCAGGAGCUGAAGGACAUGGAGGUGGCCAGGAAGCUGCAGGACGAGGAAAUCAAGGCGAGUAAGAUGCAUGUGCGUGCGGCCCAAGUGGCACAAGACGAGGAAAUCGCCCGGCUGCUGAUGGAACAAGAGAAGAAGGAGUACAAGAAGAACCGGGAGCGGGAGAAAGAGAAGGAGCGAGAGCGGGAGAGGCUGGCCAUGGAGAGGAUGGCGAUGGAGAGGAGGCGGCCGGAGGGAGACUACCGGCCAAAUCCGGAGGAAGUCGUCCGGCCCAGAACACGAGAGGAGCACGACCACCAGAGGCAGAAGAACAACAACAAGCCUACCAGGCCUCCUCAGCCUCGUGCCCCCGACUAUGAGAAUGUGAACUCUGCUUACGGCUACUCGGAGCAUCCUGGUGCCCCCCGAGCUCCAACCAGACCUGAGGCCGCCAUCAGAGGUGCCUAUUACAAGCGGUGACUCAGGCUCUCCACCGGUCCAGACAUGCUGUCAGUCCUCCUUCAUCCUCUUUUUGUUUUUUAUUUAUCUGUUUGUUUUCAACCAUUUACACUCUGUUGACCAAAAGCCUUGGGACAAUCUACUGAGUUGGCAAUGGGAGUUUUAUUUUUUAUGUUUUAGUUUUUUUACCACCCUCCAAAGUUGAGUUGAGGAAGUGGGUCUGAGUGCUGGAACCACACUCUGCUUUUCCUUUAUUAUCAUUAUUAUUAUUAUUUUUUAUUUGUAAAUUAUGAUUUCUUUUAACUGACUAGCCAAAAGAGCAGCCUUGAACGAUUCUUCAGCCGAGGCUGCGGCUCCUCGCCCGCCGCGCUCAUCGUGCUCCGGCGUUCCUCGUCCCGUCACAAGGGCUUCGUCGUGGGCCUCCGCUGGAUCCAACCGUCGGACUUCCUCUUCAACGCGGCUGCUUCAGUGUCUUAGAUUCCAACGACGGCAGCUGCUUCGUUCACCCCGAGCUGCGUUUCUGUCCGUGUGCCACCCAGCCGGCGACUCUGGAGGGAGGCAGUUUUUGUUUUUUUCUUGUUGCUGUAUUCAAACAAAACAAGCCUUUAUCAUGGUGCUGGUAGUUCUGUCAUGUUUACCGCGAGGAGGCGGAGCUCUGCGGCGACCCGCGGACGUCGCUGGACUGUAUAUGACUCACUGUUUCUAUGUGCAUGCUUACUGAACGUGCAUUUCAGCUCUGUAUUACCUGGUCUGGCUCCCUGUUGGUCACCGGAAAGGGCUAGAGCCGCAAACCGCCAAUAAUCUUCUCUUUGUGAAUGAACAAAAUAUCUGCUCGCUCAUAUACUGCUGUGCAAUAUAUCACUUCUCUGCCGCUUUUUGUUUUGUUUUUCCAUAUCCGCUCGUCAUUUACGAACCAAAACUGGCCCGUACAAGAACCAGUACCAAAAGGAAAUGCAUGUGCGUUGCUUGUCUGUGUCUAACCUGAACUCAUGCUCGUGCUUUCGGCACAGACGUUGUGCGUUUUGAAUAUUUGCUCUUGUUUUCUUUAUUUUUUCCAGUUUUUUUUUUUUUGUACCAAAUCCUGUCUCCUGUUGUGGAAAAUACUCGAGUUUCUCUCCUCCUGAAAUCUUGCGUCCUGCUACUUAUCUCUGUUUAAAAGGGAGCCUUAUAUUUAUUUUUAUAGUAAUAUUUUUGUCAUCCUUCCUCACAUCGUCCCUCCUUUAAUUUCCAUUCCCCGAGCUUUCCGGUCCUCUCCUCUCUAUCUGGGACUCAGACAUCUCUUCUGCCUGCACAAAACAUUUCCACAGUAGAAGUGCAUCCGGAUGAAGGGAAAGAAUCAGCCGGGAAAAAAAACUCUCUUCACAUCCGUGUUCCCGCUCAAAUGGACCUGUUUUAGUGUUUUUACUGCUCCAGGAUCUGAUAUUUUCUGUUCAUAUUGAAUAAGGAUGAAAACCAAGAGCACACCUGAACUUUUGAGUUGACUUGUUUGUGACGACCACAAAGCGAUUCACUCUCUGAGCAUUUGGGGAAGUUUCCAAGUUCUUCUGUUGUGAUAAACGUUUGCUGAAAUUGUAAAUCGGCCUCCUGCUGAAGAGGAAAGGAACUCGGCAGUUUUCUGUGAGAUGUUUGUGUUUGUGAGGACACACAUCCGGAGUUGUUGUUGUUAAUUUGUGCUAAAUGCUGACAGAAUGGGAUGCGUGCCAUAUGUUUGUCUUUUUUUUUUUUUUUUUCAGGGAUUUGAAAAAAGCUUAAAGUAGUCGUGGUUGUAGCAGCGCUGCCACGCCCACAGAAGUGGGUCUCCUAAUUUAUUCUGUGACGAGAGCGCCACCUUGUGGUCGACAGUUGGGGAGCAAAAAAAAAAAAACAAAGUGAUGUGAUCAGGAUGCGUCUUUGAUUGUGUAUUUGUGGAUGUUGUGCGUCAGACAUCGGAUCCAAGUGUUUUUUUAUUUUCCUUCAUCUAGGGCUUGUAUGCAAUCUACCAAUCAUGACUCAACACCGACGUGUUGGCACUUGCUGUAACAGAACUUUUUUUAAGUGAAAUGAAGUUGCUUUUACUUAUAGCAUCUUAAAAAUGUAAUAAACUGUAUCAGCAUUUCCACUGAAA